UGGAGAUAGAAAAUUCUUACAACGGUAGACAAGGCAGUUAAACCUCUCCAACCGUCCCGGCCGGUCCAACGGUCGUUUAGGCCAACUCAGACUCGGGCCAUCCCAAAAGGAUAUUAUAUGUGUGCCUGAGUUUGAGAUUCCUCCUGGAGUUGAUUUCCUGUCAAGUUCUCUGCCUUAGGAGAACGCAGUACCUUUGACGUUGGCAUUCUACAAAUUAGUGAUCCUAAAUGAUGAGAUACUACUGCUCAGUUGCUACAAGCAGCAACUGUUUGGCUCCGCACCGACCCAAACAGACGCCGAGGGAGCGGGCGGCUGCCAAGCUAUUAAAGAGAACCCUAGGGACUGAGAAGGAUCUCCACUAAGGUGUCCCCUGAGGCAACCAUGGAAUGUCCCUCUGCGUUAACUUGUUUUGUCUUUCCACAACGUCUUGUUGCUACUCUUUAUCGCUGGUUUCUAGCUUGACAUCAGUUUCCCACAGUAGUCCCGGCCGCCUCCUCAGCACGUUGCCCCACCCCUUGCCCGUCAAACCUAGAAACCACUCUGUGUUCCGUCUUUAACACCUUAUAUAAAAUAAGUGCCAAGCAAAGUCCAGGAUGUGUCUGAAACACAUCCCAGAGCAGCAAUGUGGUGUUCCAUCAGGCGGUGCUUCAACACCUCUAUGGCCAUCGUACUGCUGUGGCUCUUCAUCACCCUGAAAGUGCCCGAGGAAAUAGAAGACGUCCAAAACGUGGUGAUGAGGCAUGGCGGUAAGAAGCAGCCCAAAUCCCUAGAAGACUGGCAGACCAUCACCUCCAAAUAUUUGGAAAAAAUCCACCAGAGAAGAAAGACAUGGCUGACGGUGGGGAUCACCUCAGUGUCACGACAGGGUCAAAGUGGCCUCUUGGAUACACUGGCCUCCCUGUACCACGCCUCCUCCAUAGCUGAGCAGAAACGGAUAACGGUGCUGGUUCACCUGGCAGAUUCUGACUCUACCUGGCUCAGAAAAACUGUUCUCCAUAUUUCAAGCCUCUACAGCUCACAGAUCUUGACAGGGCAAUUGCUAUUGAUCCAUGCCCCAUCCGAUGCCUACUUCACUGUGAAUAACAACCAGAGUGAGCUCUCUCAGGGGCAGAUGUACUCCAAGCAGAAUGUAGAUCAUGCCUUCCUCAUGAGCUUUGCCACAAAGCUCUCUACUUAUUUCCUGUUGAUAGAGGACGAUGUCUUUUGUGCCCCCAAUUUUGUCACCCACAUUCACUCAAAGGUGAUCAACAGGAAGCCCCACACAUGGGUGCUCCUGGAGUUCUCUAAUAUGGGCUUUCUUGGCAAACUUUUCCACAACAGGGACCUUCCUCUCCUGGCCCGUUUCCUCCUCCUCUUCCACAAGGAGCGGCCACUCGACUGGCUGAUCCCUCACUUCCGUAUCCUCCUGGAUCAGCAAAACCCAAUCUUCUGCAGACCUUUCCUCUUCUACCACAGGUUGGCUCACUUCACUUUUGAGAACAAGACCUUAACAGCCCAGGAGAAAAAUCCCCAUGGUCCUGAUGUCCUCCCCGGAGCUGUUUUCACGGACAUGAGGCACUCUGCUGUUCAUUCCCCCCAGGAGGCCUACACUAUGGAUGAGUCCUUCUUUUGGACCUACAAUGUCACUACAGGGAAUUAUUGGAUAGUGAUUUUGAAUCAUCCAGCGAACCUGCACAGAGUGCAAGUAAGAACAGGCUCCAUCAUGGAUGGAAAGCACAUCCUCGAAAAAGGACAGGUAGAGCUAGGCUACAAGCCUGACGGUGAGCCCCCCAACUGUACCCACUUUAUCCUGUUGGGCCGUCUUGUGCAAGGGCAGAUGGAUCAGAUUGUUCUGAAAAGCGUUGGGUACCAAGUGAGCUGCGUGAAGCUGGCGGUAAAUGCCAAACAGGCCGGUGGUCUCAUGAUCAGGCAUAUCUACCUCUGGGAGGGCGAUGGUCGUCUGGAGAAGACGACCAGAGCUAUGGUAUAUGAGAGUAUGAAUGAUUAAAAGCUUGAAGCCAUUUCACUCUGGCCAAUAUGAAUGACUUUGGAGAAUCCAAGGGAAUAGUAGGCAGGGAAAAAAGGAAUAGGAAACAUUCUUCCUUUUUUAAUUCAAACAAGCCACUCAGGUAGAAUUUUGUUGUUGUUGUUUUACUCUGACAAACGUAACUUCGUAACUUCGUCAAAUUUGGGGAAAAGCCUUGGUCCCUCUCAGAAUCCUGACAUUCCUGGGAUGCUUGGAUCUUCCCCAGCAGUGUAAGCUGUAUAUACACACUUCAUCUUCACAGAGGUGGGAGUGGGGAGUAAUGUAGUAAGAGCGUGAGUGUGGAAAGCACAUCCAACUUUGUUCUAGUGCUGGAGACUGAACCUGGUGCCUCCAGCGUGCUAAGCACAUACUCUGCCAUUGAGUCAUCCCUAGCCCCUAAGGAGUCCUUGGGACUGACAUAAGAAACAGCAAGAUGGCUCAGUGAGUAGACGUUCUUGCUGUACAAGUUUGGUGACCUGAAUUCUAUGCUGGAAACCACAAACUCCAGACUCUGCACACACUAUCAAGUUCAUGACUCUUAAUAACAAUAAUAGUAAUAAUUAGAAAUCAAGAAAGAUUCUUUACAAUGUUUUUCA